UGCCCGCCGGCCUAUAUCACAGCUCUGCCCGCCCCUUCUGGAUGAGAUAGCCUGGUUCAGUGCGUGCCUGCAUCUUCUCAGCCGUCCUCUUCUUCCUUCCUGCUACUGGUAACCUGCGAGAGGGCGUUGGCCUCCAAUGGCGAGGGCUCCUGUGUUUCCGGCGCUCCUGUGCCUCGCGGUCCUCGCGCUGGCCGGCGGCGCCGACGCGAGGAAGAUGGUCGGCGUGUACGAGCUCAAGAGAGGGGAUUUCUCCGUCAAGAUGACCAACUGGGGCGCCACCAUCAUGUCGAUCCUCGUCCCUGAUUCCAAAGGGAAUUUGGCUGAUGUUGUGCUGGGCAUGGACACCCUCGCUGAGUAUGUUAAUGAUACCUCUUACUUUGGGCCGCUGAAUGGGAGGGUGGCGCAGAGAAUGGCCAGGGGCCGCUUCGUCCUCGACGGCAAAGUGUACCAUACCUACAUCAACGACGGAAAGAACGCAAUUCAUGGUGGCAAAAGGGGGUUCAGCAAGGUCAUAUGGACGGUGAAGGAGUACGUCGCCGGCGGCGACUCCCCAUACAUCACCAUGUACUACCGCAGCUUCGACGGAGAGCAAGGAUUCCCCGGAGACCUGGACGUGUACGCGACGUACCAGCUGACGGGCCCGUACGAGCUGAGCAUCCGCACGAACGCGACGGCGCUGAACAAGGCGACGCCGGUGAACUUCCUGCAGCACGUGUACCUGAACCUGGGCGGGGAGGGCAGCGGCGAUAUCCUGGGCCACACGCUCCAGCUCUCCGCGUCCCGGUACACCCCGCUGGACGUGGAGAUGCUCCCGUCGUCGGGCCGCGUCGACCCCGUGGCCGGCACGAGCUACGACUUCCGCACGCCGACGCCCAUCGGCGCGCGCAUCCGGCAGGUCAUGGGCGGCAAAGUCUACGGGUACGACAUCAACUACGUCAUCGACGGGGAAGGCAUGCGGAAGGUGGCGGCGGUCCGGGACGGCAAGUCCGGGCGCGCGCUGGAGCUGUGGGCCAACCAGCCGGCCAUGCAGCUCUACACCGGAAACUUCCUGAACCACACCAAGGGGAAGGGCGGCAAGCUGUACGAGCAGUACGGCGGGUUUUGCCUUGAGACCCAGGCGUACCCGGACGCCGUGAACCACCCCGAGUUCCCGUCGGUGACGGUGAGGCCCGGCCAGGUGUACAAGCACGACAUGCGCUUCACGUUCUCCUUCUAGCUAAGGCUGGAAUGAAUAUGGCUGCGGUACGGUAGUACCACCAUUGGUUAAUGGAUCGUAGAUGUGUUCCCUCUGGAUUUGGAGGUGGCGCGAUUCGUGGGACUGGAUGCGGUUAUGCCGUGAGCCCAGAGCGGCUACGGUGUUUGAAAAAUAAAAUCAUGCGUUUGUGCAGUGCAAA